GCCCAAUUGCACGCUCUGCAAGUAAGAGCCCCGCUAGCUUCGGCUGUUCACGCUUCGGUGCCCAGGCGCUCGGCCCCAUCGACUCUUCCCUCCCCCAACCCAGUCAUUCCGGCCGCCAGUCUGAACAGUCUUGUUCCUGCGCCAUCCGCGCAUCACUCCACCAGCCUGUGGAAUAGCCACAAUGCAGGACUCCAACGCCGCCCUGGGUGCACAGGACACGAACUCGACCAGUAAAAAGCGGACCCACCCUGAGGACUUUAAGCGCGCCUACAAGGCAUGCAUCAAUUGUCGGCAGCGUAAGGCAAAAUGCAUUCUAGGCACUGGACCAGAUGGUGAUGAGCUAAAGCCACCGUGCCAAAGAUGCAAACGAGAGAUGCGAGAAUGCAUCUUCAGGUCUGAGCGCUCAUGGGUAAAGAGACGGAAGCCUGGAGAGGCAAGAGAAGAGGAAGAGGAGACGACCUCGAGACCUCAGACUCAACCUGCUGCACCCGCCCUCGUACCUGUACCUGUACCUGCCCAACCCUCGCCAGCCCCAAGGUCGUCGAUCUCGGGUCAUGGAUUCACUCCUGUGCAAAGUCAAAGUCCUUAUCUUAACGGACAUUCACAUCGCUCUGAUAUCCUAUCGCCACCGACUCAUCUUCGCCGGGUAUCGUCGUCUCAGCCAGAUCUUGCUCAUUCAGUGAUGAGGACCGUUGUCUCCAGUGGCAGCGAUGCGUUGAACCUGCUAUUUGAAGCCGCAAACCAUCGCAAUGCUAUCGAAAACCAAGAAGCGAAUGGGUCGCAGGCGUACGAGACGCCGAGGUCUGGACUAUCCGGUGGAUACGACGCUGGAUCACCAUUUCACACGUUCCGAGCACAGCCAGUACAAAUGUCAACGCCAUCACCAGAGACACUAAAAAUAUGGACCUCAUGUCGGUUCGUGCAGAUGGGCUGGUUCUCCGCGCACGAAGCUGUUACUUAUGUCGACUUGUUCUUCAAGAACUGCUCACCUCUGUCACCAAUCCUUGGCGACUUUUACUCACAUCACGAGAACCACUACUCAUUAAUAGCACUGGAUCCGUUUCUGUGUGUCACCAUCCUUAUGAUCUCAUCACGUUACAAUAUCUUGCCGGGAGUAGGAGGCGCAUCAAGAGGCUACUUUGUGCACGACCGGCUAUGGGAGCAGUGCCAGCGCUUCAUCAUGAAGAUCAUGCUUGGUCAGGUCAAGCCUUCAAAAGCACAAAGUCGGACUAUUGGUUCGAUCGAGGCGCUGCUACUGCUCUCAGAAUGGCAUCCCCGCGCAUUGCACUUUCCUACUGCAGCAGAUGGGUGGGAUUGCGAGCUGAUGAUCGGCGCCAACAACACGACAGCCGAAGGCGCUAAGCUUCUGGAAGGUGACACAACAUCGAGUCGAUGGCUCGAGGAUGUAAUCGAACCCGCGAAACGAUCGGACCGAAUGUCGUGGAUGUUGAUGGGCUCUGCUCUUUCGAUGGCCCAGGAGCUGGGCUUGUUUGAGGACAAUGCAAGCAUUGACAAGGACCAGAGGUCAUAUCCUAAUUCGACCCACGAGUUCCUGACAUUACGGCGAAUACGAGCUCGCAAGCUGCUCUACGUCUUGCUUGAGCAGCUGUCGUGGCGUCUGGGUUGCACUUCGAUGAUACCGCAAAGCUUGAACCACGCUCUGAUGGAGAAGAUUCCCGUCGACUCCGCGACAGGUGCUGUUGAGCAGUGGCAGUCGUUCAUGAGCGCAUGGGUUGAGCUCACCAAGCUUGCGCGUUCCGUGUCUGAUACUAUCUACCCUUCCGCAGCGACAACCAAGAGCCUGCUACGCACAGGAAGAUACAUUGGACUGCUCGAGCACUUCCAGCCGUUGCUAACUUCGUGGAGGAAGAAGUAUCUAGACCCUUGUAAACUGAAGAUAGGACUCCACGACAUGCUCACAAUCGAAUACCAAUACGUCCGUAUCUACACAAACUCAGUCGGAAUGCAAGCCGUUGUCGAACGCACACUUGCCGAGACUGACACCGAUGUCCCACAAGACGAUAUCCUACCCAUGAACCUCGAGCCUAGGGACUAUGACUUUAUCCAAGAAGUUGUUGAUGGAAGCUGUCAGAUCCUGCAGAAGGUAGUGCAGCUAUCAGAGUCAGGUGCCUUGCGGUACUCGCCUGUGCGGAUAUUCCUGCGGAUCACCACGUCGUCAAUAUACCUCAUCAAAGGUCUGAGUUUGGGCUCGCGAAAUCAAAAGCUGCAGUCGAGUCUUGAUAUUUUGAAUGCAGCGAUCCGCGCAUUGCGAGCUAGCGUACUUGACGACAUGCACCUUGCCUCGCGCUACGCAACCCUCCUCGAACUUCACGUCGCCCGCCUCCGUGACAGCUUCGUCGUCUCCUCCCGUCCACCUCGGAUACCCUCACGUGCCACAUCCGCCGAACGCAACGGCACCACAGGCAUGGACUUCCUCAACAAUCAAGCUGGUCAGUCGGCUCUUGCUGGGCUGGCAGGAGACGUGACGGGUAUGAUGCCUGACGAUGACUGGUUGGCGUUGCCUUUUGAUCCGGCGAUGGCGCCGUUUGGGCUGGACAAUCAGCAGAAUUUCCAGAGUUUUGAUGACGGGACGUUGGAUUUUAUUUGGAAUUUGCCUAUGUAGAGAUGUGCUUGGAGCAUUGGGAAUAUAACAAUUGGAUUAGGAAAAGAUAUGUACAGAAAGAGGAAUUGAUUUAAAAUUUUCAGCCAAGAAGAUGCAUGUCGCCCAGAUCUACAUCUUCACAAAACUACAUCCGAAUGGCUUGAGAGCACAGCAGUGCCCACGCAUGAAAUCAAGCAACUUUUGCAGUACGGGCAUGGAUUGAGUCCAAGCGGAGAUGGAC